AGAUACUAACUGGAACCAACGUAACUACCAGGAAACAACCUUGUUUUCUACUCAUAACCCCAAAUCCCAAGGUCGGUGCUUUCAUUCUUCAUCAGUGUUCUAAGUUCUCAACCCCACACAAUUUCCCAAAUCAUCUGAUCAAUGGCCUUACUCUGCCACCGCCAUCGACGUAGCUCUACUCCUACUCCAACAGUGGCUACAUUCCACCGCCUUUCAACCCUUUUAAGGUUUCAUUCCAACCCCACUUCUCCAUUUCACUCUCCUUCAACUCCAAUUUACCCCUCACACAUCACAACCCAAAACCAAACCCAACCCAUUACAGUGUUCUCUGUUUUCUGAUUCUUAGUAUAUAUUAGGAACCAAAAGAUGAAAAAACCAAACGAGGAACCAAAGGGUAAAGCUCCAGCACCUGAUUCUCCUUCUGAUAUUGAGCAGCUGGGGAUGUCCACAACAGGGUUCUCUCCUUUGGAGUUUAGUUCUCAACCAUUCUCAUCAGCUUUUGAUGACUCUUUUGACAUUAUUGAUGAUACCUCUUUCAUGGAGUUUGAAUCAUUCUCAACAGCUAUGAACCAUCCACCACCACAACCACCAUCUACAACUACAACAAUAACCACCACCACUGGGGCUGUUGGGCCAUUGCCUCAGCCAUUGGAGUGCUUGCACGGGAAUCCUGUUCCACCCUUUUUGUCUAAAACCUUCGACCUUGUGGAUGACCCUUCUUUGGAUCCUAUCAUCUCAUGGGGCUCCACUGGUGCUAGCUUCGUUGUGUGGGACCCUAUGGAGUUUUCAAGGCUCGUGUUGCCUCGGAAUUUCAAGCACAACAAUUUCUCCAGUUUUGUUCGCCAGCUGAAUACUUACGGAUUCCGCAAGAUUGACACUGACAAGUGGGAGUUUUUCAAUGAAGCUUUCCAGCGAGGGAAGAAACAUUUACUGAAGAACAUCCAACGGCGCAGGUCAACUCAAUCGCAGCAAGUUGGUAGCUACAUUGGAACUUCUACUGAUGCUGGGAGACCUGGACUCGAGGUUGAAAUAGAGCUACUGAGGAAGGAGAGAAGUAUGUUAAUGCAAGAGGUGGUUGAUUUGCAGCAACAACAGCGAAGAACGGUUCACCAUGCUGGAGAAGUGAAUCAGAGACUAGAAUCUGCAGAGCAAAGGCAGAAACAAAUGGUUUCCUUCUUGGCCAAGUUAUUUCAAAAUCCGGCCUUCUUGGCUCGCCUUAGGGAUAAGAAGGAACAAAGACAGAUAGAAUCUCCAAAAGCAAGAAGGAAGUUUAUCAAGCAUCAACACGAAGCAGGAAAUUCCGAAACUCCCAAAGGUCAGGUAGUGAGAUACCAACCUGAUUGGAAAAAUAGAACAGUCUCUUCUGAAACUCCGGAACUAAAUCCAGUUUCCUUUGAACAGUCUCCUCAAUAUCUCUCACAGGACUUGGCAAGAGAAAUUUCUGUUGGUGCAGAAAAUCUGACUUCACAGUUGGACAAAAUCAUGUCAGAUGAAUUGGGUGCGUUGCAUGAGGCCAUGCCAACUCUAGGAAUUGUUGGAGAAGGAUCAUCAAGCUAUGGACUUGAAGAUCCUCUUUCCAAAGGGAAAAAUGCCUUCAACCCAAGUCAAGAUGUUCUUUCAGAAUACUUUGUUUCCUUCCCGGACGAUUUGUCAAGGGAAAGAGAGUUUCCUGUGUUUUCCCCUGUUGGAACUGAAGGCAUUAUCAAACAAGAAGAUGCAUGGGACCCUGCCUUCAAUGCUAGUGUUGCUGCUUCAAGUUGUGGGAAUGAGCUGUGGGGUAAUCCUGUCAACCAUGUCGUACCGGAAUUCGGAGGCACUAGUGGCGUGUCCGACAUAUGGGAUAUCGGCUCAGGAAGUUUAGGAAUUGAUAAGUGGCCAGCUGAUGAAUCUCCAAUGGAUAAAAAGGAGAGUCAAGGUGGCCAGCCAGAAGAUGAUAGACCUUAAGAAUGUUAAUCCAUAGGGCUUCAGCUGCUUCUGCAUGCAUUAUUGCCCUUGGAUACUUGAUAUGAUUAGAUUAUAAUUCUAGGGGCCAUAUUAUUUUGAUGUUUGGUUUAUAAACAGUGUUCAUUUACUGGCUUUCAUUCUUUCUUCAUUUGCAGCUUUUCUAUUCUUUAGAUUAUUUCUAUAGUUGUUUAUACUAGAGUAGAUUCUAAUUGUUUGCUCAAUUACUGAUAAUAACUUUCAUUCAAUCAAAAAUCAUAUCAUCCUAUUGACCAA